GAAUUGAGAGAAGAAGCUGAAUAAUGAAUGUUUGGCAUGCGUGGCUGAUGUUUCCCCCUCUUUCACGCAGCGUGUCCGUGGAGUGAUUUAUCUUUGCAUAGUGGUGCAGCACUGGGCAUGUGUGUGCAGCCGUAGUCCAGCCCCACAACCCGCCCACCAGCCUGGCUCUUCCCCUCGGUGCCUCUCGGUCCGCCCGCCCGCAGCAGAGUCUCCUUCCCGGCGAGCGUUCACUACAGCGAUGGCUGGGAAAGUGUGCAGAUCGGUCCUCCUCUUAUCCCGGAGCGGCGGAGCCGUGACCGGCAGCCUCCCCGCACUAGUUGUGUCUUCACAGCGACGGCAGCAGCACAUACUAAGCCCGCAGGAGUUCCUGCCCGCUCCCUUCAGCCGUCAGAGCGUCAGGAGAGCCCAUGGCCUACGGUCGGCUGGCCACUCCACACUCUUCAACCAGCCCAUCACUGCCCUGUCUCCACAGGUUUGGAGGGGCGCCCCCUCAUGGCAUGGCCAGAGACUGUUGUGUUCUUCUGCUGCUCCUGAAGAGGUGACGGUGGUCUACCAGAAUGGGCUGCCAGUCAUCUCAGUCAGUUUGCCGUCCCGGCGAGAGCGCUGUCAGUUCACCCUCAAGCCUCUGAGCGACUGUGUGGGGGUUUUCCUGCAACAGCUCCAGGCGGAGGACAGAGGCAUCGACAGAGUAGCCAUCUACUCCAUGGAUGGAGCACGGGUUGCCUCCUCCACCGGCAUAGACAUCCUCCUGCUGGAUGACUUCAAGCUCGUCAUCAAUGACACCACACAUCUGGUGCGGCCCCCCAGGAGAGAGGUCCUGCCCAAUGAGGAGGCAGAGAGGUUGAAUGACGUCAAGUUCCUGGUGCAGCAGCUCUACACCACGCUGCGCAUCGAGGAGCACCAACUCGGCAAAGAACGCGAACUGAUUCUGCGACUGGAGGACCUCAACUCUCAACUUCGCCCCUUAGAAAAGGUGAGGGAGGAGCUGAGUAAGAAGGCAGAGCGACGCACCACAUGGGUGCUCUGGGGGGGCAUGGCGUACAUGGCCACCCAGUUUGGCAUCCUGGCCCGGCUGACCUGGUGGGAGUAUUCCUGGGAUAUCAUGGAGCCGGUCACCUAUUUCAUUACCUAUGGCACCGCCAUGGCCAUGUAUGCCUACUUUGUUCUUACACGUCAGGAGUACGUUUACCCAGACGCCAGAGACAGACAGUAUCUGCUGUUCUUCCACAAGGGGGUGAAGAGAACACGCUUCGACAUCGAGAAGUACAACAAGCUGAAGGACGACAUCGCUGAGGUGGAGUUGGAUCUGAAGCGUCUACGGGACCCCCUCCAGCUCCAGCUCCCAAUUCAGCAGCUAUCCGAAACAAAAAAUUGACGGAAAGAGCUGCUUCCUCCUGUCCAAGCUCUUAAUUUCCUUUUCUUUUUCUUGCUUUUUUUGUAAUUUCCUUCUUUCUUUCUUUCUGCCACCAUGUCCUCGCCUUAUAACCCUACUACCCCCCCCCUCCUGUUCCUGAGUUUAAAAUUUAGCUCUUUCUUUUUUCUUUUGUCCAAUUUUUUUUUUUUUUUUUUUUUUUACUCUCUGGGCUGAAUAUUUCAGUUGGAAUCGGAAGAUUUUUCAAAAGAAAAGGAUGGUGAGAGAAACUGAACACGUCUCACAGCUGAAGGAUGAAGAGGACGAUGAUGAUGAUGACGCCACACAGCAGCAUCGAGCUGAGCGAGUGUGUUUGUGGGACACAGUCACCAGCCUUUUGGCAAACACGCAGCCGUGGCUCGGACACGUUUACCGGGAAGUUCUGACCCAAGCCGAACCUCCAAGGAUACUUGGGUUUCCCAUGAUAUUCCCUGGAACUCUGCCGCCCGCCACGCCUCCUUUGAGCCGCGCCUCCUCCAGGUGAAAGUCCUUCCCUGUGCGACCUCCGUCAGGAGCAUAUCUCGCCGGCGGGAUGCAGGAAUCUCUGCUUUCCUCUUCCUGUUGACAUCUUGAGGGGCAGUCUGACAGUCCUACCGACAACAACAUCACUGUGUUCUUUUAUUCCGAAAAAAAAGGAAAAAAACAAUAUUUUGGCACUUUUUAUUUUGAAAGCCAUAGUAUAUUUGUUAUGAGAAAAUACAAAAAAAGUAUAAAUAUAAAUAUAUACAAUCAAAUAAAUGGAUGACCAGAAGCUAGUUUUCUUUUGCAGCGGGGGGGAGCUCUCUUAGGAAUACCAUUUCAGCAUAGAGUCAUUUCCGUCCUGUCCAAACCGUCUGCCGCCACAGAGGGCCUUACACUGAAAGCGUUCACAGUCCGACGUGUUUUUUAAAACGGCUCAGGAGCUGCGUCCCGCUCGGACGGACGGCUCCGGAGGCGGGAAAACCAGAGCUGACAUCAAAUCAGGUGGGAAAUGUCUUUCUCUGGAGCUGAAUGUCGGACAAAAAUCCAAGUUUGCUGCAAACUAAAGACGAUAACCGCAGGCUCACAGAAACCCCUGAGCAUGCUCUGCUCCUUUAUCCAAGAGCGGCUUUUCUCGCAGAAGGAGAAGGAUGUUUUUAUUUGCUUAAAGAAACACUACAACCGGAAAAAGACGAGAACCUCCUCUCCCUGCUCCCUCAGUUGCAAGCCAGGGUAGACUGCAUGCUGUGGUGUGCCCUCUGUAGAAACUUAUGAAUGUUUAGGAGCAUUAUUGCAACUUUUGUACUUGAUGGGGCACAUUUGUUUGCCACAGUUUCCUCCACAUAUCUUUUAAGACCCACUCAAAGCCAUAUCUGUCUUCUUUUUGUUUUUUGUUUUCAAGUCAACCUUUGUCCACCUCGCGUCAUUUUCUGUUCAUGUUGAGGAUUGGUGGCCUUUUUCGCCAGCCCCUUUUAUCACUCCAAAAAGAGGAGAAACACGUCUCCUAGACCGGUUAUUUUUGACUGCCUCUGCAGAGGGGAGGUGCACUGACCCAAAGGGAGCUUGUCUAAAGUUCAAGAUGACGUAGAACUGGUGUGGCUGGAUGCCGUGGAAGAGAUCGGCAUGUUUACCUGCAGGUUAUCAGACAGGAUCUGGCCCUGCAGGAACAGCAUUUCAGUUUCAAAUGCAGGAAAACUCCAUGUAUUUGCAAAUGGAGGCUCUGUCUGAAUGAUCAGAAGUCGACUUUGUUGUGAAUCAAACCCGCAGACCUUUGGUCCCCCCCUCUGCAUUUUUCUCCUCAACACAUCUGUCCACCAUCGUCUUUUCUUAUCUUACUUUGAAAUCCAUUAUUGCCUUUUUUUUCUCUUUACUUUUCAAAGACGAAAUAUAUCAAAUAUAGGGAAAUUUAUCCUAAAGAGGGUGUUGCAUGAAUGUAUGUUUACAUGAGAAGUUAUGUAAAAAAGAAAAAAAAAAGAUUUAUUAAAAUAACUGCAAAGAUAAUUUAAGAGCGUCGUUUGUAGAGGUUUUAGUCGUUAAAAAGGGCGGUGGUCAGGGCGCCGUCUAAAGACUCCGCCCUGACCCAUGUGAUUUAUACCCCAGCCAACAAACUGCUCGAACCCCGCCCCGUCGUGUUUACCACCAAAGCCCCGCCCCUCCUCACGCUUCACCCACCUUCAGAAACGGAUGGAAACACCACCCUCCGUCACUUGAAGACUCGUGUCGGGGCACACCUCAGACCUCUUCUCCAAAGUCCCAUUAAUAUUGUUGUUCUGUUAUUUUGGUUCUAAUUAUUUUUGCCUUGCACUUGCUUUAAGGCACCUUUAAACGGCCCAAAGAGUGAAGCAGACUUAGGAUGGAAAAGGUCUCGUCCUUCAUUCUGACCUCUUUUGUGUUUGUUUUCUUCAGUUGACAUAAGAUGCUGUAAUGUUGGCAAAAAAGAAAAAUGUAAAAUCCUGUAUCAUUUAUGAAAUAUGUAUAAAAGAGAAAUGUAAUUCAAUUAUCAAUAAAACUCUUAUCCAGUUUUUGGAAA